AGAGACUUCUUCGACUGCCGCUAGUGGCGCUACAUCACGUUGCUCUCUCUCAGAUUGUCAUGAGAAACGCAAUGCGAACGCAAUAUUGUCUUUCCAUGCUAAUCAACAAUUCCAUCAAUGGGAAGGCAAUUUCAUGUCGUGUCGUAUAAAAGAAUUUCUUCUCAGCGAUUAAUAUGAAUGGAAACAUUUAUUCAAUCGAGAAAAAAUGAUAAAUUUUUGAUAAAAUUUGUAUCGUGCGCGCCAACCACGACACCGGCCAUCUUUUCUCUCUCCCACCCGCGCCAUUACCCCCAACUCAGCUCAAGCAAGCGCCUGUUGCCGGCCACUGUUACCAAUAAACAAUGAUAAAUUGCACCCACCCAAAACCUUUCCGUCUUUCUCCUUCUCGCACGAUUCUACAUCUACUGUUAGCAUAUCGCACACCGACCAAUUGAGUUUUUACCGAAUAAAAAUAUAAACAAACCAUAAAUGAGUUCACACGGCAAAGCCGAAACGGAAAGGCUCCGUAAAAAUCUGGAAACUCAGUUGGACAGACUCGUCGAGGAACUCGCCGACAUCGAAGACUCCAGAGAUUCAAUAACGCAGGAGGAAUAUGAACAAAUGAAGGAAGAAACGAUGGAGCAGCUACGCGAAUUCAACGAGAGUCUGCGACGUAUGAUCACCGGUGACAUGACACUGAUCGACGAGUUGGGAGCGAUGCAAUUGGCAACGCAGAGCGCAAUAAGCGCAGCCUUCAAAACACCGGCUGUUAUACGAAUGUUCGGUAAACGCGAGCCGGACCAAUUGCGCAUGAGAUUAUCAACGAUCGAGCGUGAUUUCCGGUUGGGGAAAUUGACGAAAGAUUCUAGUGAAAGACAGCGAGGCGAAGUGUUGAGUGCCCUCAAACAUUUGGGUGAAAAACUCGAGCCCGCGGACAUCGAGUUGCUCGAAAAAUUGUCACUCGAUGGCAUCGCUGAUGCGAACUUUGUGCCUGUUACCGACAACUCGAAAAAAGGAGAAAUUGCGUUAGCCAUUGCCAGCGAAGAAGUCAGAGCCGCGCAGGACACCUAAAAAUGAAACAGUUUUUUUAAAAUCAUCUUUCUAGUACAAUUGAAUCAAAGAUAAAUUUACACUUUUGCUGCACGAGGCAAGAAAAUUGUUUUAAAGUAUCUUGUUAUUGAAAAAGGUUACAAAUUCGUUUCUAUGUCGAGCGAAUUGCGAACGAAUAAUUCGAAUUUAAAGACUCUAUCGCUGUUCCAAUAGAUUUGUUAUACUCGAACUAUUCUUUCGAUCUUUAAUAACUAACGUUGUUGAGCGAAUAUAUCUCUGCCAUAGCGACUGAGAUAUUUUAUAUAAUUACACUAAUUUAUCUCACGAUCUCGUGAAUUUGCAUUGAGCCUCUUCGAAUAUCAAUAAAACUCCGAUACCUAAUGUGUAUUUAUAUUUUAUUUUUUAUUUUUUUUUUUUUCAUGUACAAAUGUAACAGCCCAACACGUUUAAAAAGGGCACUAAAACGGGGGGAGGGGUGGAGAUGGAAAGCAGGAGUGUAAAGUAAAAUAUUUUAGUGUAAUUCGUUUUUGUGUGAAAAACUGUAGGAUAUGCUGCAUAAACGAGAGAUCACAGAUCAUCGAAAAUAUUCAAAAUACAAUAUACACGAAAUGUCAAACAUCGAUAUUCCAGACGUGCCGUUGAAACAUUAUGAUCGUUUCGUUCAUGAGUAAUCUUUGCAAUUUACAAAUUAUGCAUCACCGUAACACUAAAACAGCGAUUAUGGUCCGUGAAUAAAAAUAGUGAAUUUGGUGGAAAAACAAGAUUUCGUCCAAUGUCUGUGAAUCUUAAAUGUAACGUGAAUGUUUGUACACUCGAAAAGUAUACUCAACUUUAUUAUACCUUGCUCCCGGUAUAAUUUUCAAUCAACGGAAUACGCAUACCUCAUCUAAGAGUGACGAUUAUUUGAGCAAGGCACGGCGUGUGCGAUGAUCCCUCAAAUUCAAUGCAAUUGCUUACACAGCCUAUUUUUUAAUAAUAAUAAUUAUUAUUACUAUUAUUGUUGCUCAUUUCAUUCAACUUCUUCUCCCUUCGAGGCAUCAUCAUUCGUAUAUAUUCUAUGUAAAUGUAUACAUCCAUUAUUUUCACCGUAUGCAGCAAUCUUGUGACUAACGUAACCAUGAAAUUGUAUUACGUGGUCAGUGAGAUUUUAGGACAUUCAGUGAUUUAAAGGCAAUUAUUACAUUAAUUAUUUUUUGAUACUUUAAACUUUGAUAUCCAAAUAGGCAAAAUAGAGGAUGAGGUACUACAUAAAUGCAAUUUAAAAUAGAACCCUUCAAAUUGUGUAACAUAGACCGUGAACAAUGAUAAUUGGUUUUGAGACUUACAGAUUUCUCAAAAUAUUUUCGACAAGUGAUGAUUUUUGAAAUGCAUUCGUUACAUGUGGUUAGUCAAAAAACGAUAAAAGCCUUUUCGAGAUCAUAUAAUUGAUUGCAAUUUUGUAAGAAAUUCAUAAUUAGUCCUCGAACACCGCACUGUACUUCAAACAUUUCGGAUAAAACACGAUUUUUUACGAAAUAAAAACCUCAUGCUUUAAAACUUAGAACAUCAGAUCAAUAAUAAUCACGAUUAUGUAUUCUUCUCAGUGUCAUACGUAUCGAUGUAAAAGAGUUGAAAACCUGACCAUUCAGAUACAGAACAAAAUGUGGUGUGAUUCAAAGUGUCGUGUUCAAGGAGCAGAUGAAUGUCCUAAAAUAAAACUUAUCGAUUGUGGGUGACGUUCACUUUACAUCUCCAAACCCUAACAAAUAACGCAGUCCAUCCAUACAAAGGUUCAACAUUUUCAAUCGCUAUUUGCUUGUUUAUCAUGAUGAUUAGAAGACUCUUGAAUUCUUGAAAAAAUAGAUACGAGAGAGAUUUUUCGUAAGUGCGAAAGAAAUGAAAACCCUCGACGAUAAAUGUCCAUUCAAUGUUUGUUUUUUUUUCACAACACAAUUGAAGGAAAUUGAACGAUUGCGUGAAUGGUGACAACGACGCAGUUACCAAUGGGUUUGUUAUAUUAUUGAUAAAUUAUGAGUAAAACGAAUAUUUAUAUUCAUAUAUAUACGCUCAAAUUUCUUUCCUUCAUUAUUUCUAAUAUAGUUCGCUUGGCGUUUUUAUUUCUUUGUUUUAAAGUGCACUGAUUCCGAAACAUUUCAAAUGUUCCAUCGAAGAAGACUAUUCAUCUCGUCCUUGUAUAUGCGUUGGUGUUGAUUACAGUUUUAACAUCGUAACUAUAUGAAUAAAUGUGAUAAACAACUAUUGAUA